CGCGCCUCGCCUCACUUUAAAACGACGCUCUUCUCAGCGAGCGAUAAACGCGUCAGACUGACUGAAUGAAACAUGAGGGACCGCACGCAAGAGCUCAGACGUGGAAAGGACCCGGAAGAGGCGGAUGAGGUGGUCGUUGUUAUUGAAAAGGGUUUCAUGGACGAGUUCUUUGAGCAGGUAGAGGAGAUUCGAGGGUUCAUUGACUCUCUGACAGAGAAAGUAGAAGAAGUGAAAAGAAACCACAGCACCAUCCUGGCCUCUACAAACCCAGAUGAGAAAGCAAAAGCAGAGUUGGAGGAGUUGAUGACAGAUAUCAAGAAGUUGGCUAAUAAAGUGCGCUCCAAGUUAAAGAGUAUCCAGCUGACCAUAGAGCAGGAGGCAGUAAACAGUGAAUGCCCAUCAGCUGAUCUGAGGAUACGGAAAAUACAGCACUCCACCUUGUCACGUAAAUUUGUGGAGGUGAUGUCUGAAUAUAAUGCAACGCAAUCAGAUUACAGGGAACGCUGUAAAAGACGGAUACAGAGACAGCUGGAGAUUACCGGAAGAAAUACAACAAAUGAGGAGUUGGAGAGCGUGUUAGAAAGUGACAACCCCAUCUUCACUUCAGGGAUCAUCAUGGACUGCAACAUCACUGAACAGGCCAUGAACGAGAUUGAGACGCAACACAAUGAAAUCAUCAAACUGGAGAACAACAUCCGUGAGCUGCACGAUAUGUUCAUGGAUAUGGCCAUGCUGGUAGAAAGCCAGGGUGAGUUAAUAAACAAUAUAGAGAAGAAUGUCUGCAGUGCUCAGGAAUAUGUGGAAAAGGCCAAAGAGGAAACCAAAGCAGCUGUCAAAGUCCGGAAGACUAGCAGGACGGGAGAGAUGAUAGACUGUAUAGAGUAUAACGUGGAGCUUACCGUGGAUUUCAUUAGGGACGCAGUGCAAGAGACCACAAAGGCUGUAAAGUACCAGAGUAAUACACGAAGGAAGAAAAGCGUGAUUAUUAUCUGUUGUGUGCUGCUUGGAGUCGUAGUUGCUGUCAUCAUCGGUGGUGUGUUGGCCUGAAGGACACACACAGAGCAUGAUGUGUUUGGACCGGAUAAUAAACAGACUGGUUCUGCUCUGUGUUAAGGCUGGAACACACUACAGGACUUUUAAAACCUCAACAGAUUUGAAAACACUUGGCAUCAUAUACUUGCACGGGACGGUUGCAGAGGGAAAACUGGGCAUCAUACACUGGCAGACUGUCAAGUCUUUCCAGACACAAUCUCAUGCAGAAACACACACCUCUUUGCUAGGAGACACAUGACAGAUGAAAACAAUAUGUGUUCUUCAAUCUGCU